UGUGACUAUGGAGGAGAGGCAUGGUCCAUGGGGCGAAGAUAUCCUAGAUUAUUUCCUGAGCAAAGGUCUGAUAAAAACCAAAGAUGGAAUAGAGAUUAUCUGGGAGCAUGCAGCAAACAGCAAAGACAAGUUACAGCAGGCAUUGGAGAGCGUGGCCCAUAUGAUCGAAGCAGAUGUUCUCCUUCGUGGAUCAGGUGAUAGGGAGCCAAUCAUGGCUCAUCCUCCUGCCACUGACAGUGAUAUUACCCUAAAGGACUGGCUGACUGCUGUCUCUAAUUCUAACCAAGGCAUUAAGCUUGAUUUCAAAAGUUUGGAAGCGGUGUUACCAUCAAUGAAAAUCCUGGAUAUGUUGAAGAAUAAUAUUAAGCAGCCUGUAUGGAUAAAUGCUGACAUACUGACAGGUCCUGGGGGAAGUGCCAAGCCAGUAGAUGCUGGAGAAUUCCUCCAGACUGUGUCAUCAUUUUUCCCAGAUGUGACAUUGUCGUUGGGUUGGACUACUGGAUGGCUACCAGGCCAAAAAAAUGAAGGUUACAGCUGGGAAAUGGUGAAAGAAAUGGCAGAGAUAUGUAAUACUUUGAGCCAACAAGUGACUUUUGCAGUGAGGGCGGCACUGGUGAGACAGUCAUGGCCUCAGCUGCAGUGGCUGUUGCAGACCUCAGACAGGUACAGCUUGACUGUCUGGGCUGGAAAAGACGAUGUCUAUUCAGUGGAGGACCUGUUAUACAUCCGAGAGCACUCUAAGGAAGACCAGAUAUUUUAUGAUGUGUUUGAGCCUCAGAAGAGCCAACUCAAAGAGCACGUGGAUCAGAAAUUUAAAUAGAAGCGCUCUUAAAAUGUGAAAAAAUUUCAAACUGCUUGGCUUCAGUGCGUCUUGUUGUUUCUUCAUUUUGGUGCAGGGUCUUUGUAGUUUUGACACUGACCCUAGUAUAGGAAGGCAUUAUACUAUUAGCACUGACAAGGUAAGUAUGUU